CACGGAAUCUGGCGGGCUGGGAAGCGCAGAGACGGGAAUGCACUGGGAUGAAAAAAAGAGGGGAAUAAAUAUUACCUUCCAUCUGUUGGUCUUCCUCACUCAUCUGUCAUCCACUCUCCCUUUUUAUUCUGAGGAGAACUACUUCAGAGCCUCCAGUGAAAACACAUACAUAUAAAGAUAUAUCUAUAACAAUCCUAUACAUAUAUCAAUAUACAGUAUGCCUGUUUUCAUAAACAGCGUGUGGGGGACAGAACUACGCAGAAGAAAGACACCUUGACCGUGAAAACAAUAGCAGCAGGGAGACGGAAGAGGAUCCGCAGCCAUUUCUCUGAGAGAAUAGAACAGUGGAAAGUAUUGACAAUGACUUGUGGAAUAUCUUUGAACUGUAACGUGAGGCGUAUAUUUCUCGCUGGAAUAAAGCAAUGCUUGGUGGGACAAAGAUCAUGGAUACGGCUUGAUUCUAACCACAUCAUGAUUACUUCAGGGGUCUGAAUUGGACAACUCUUUUUACUGGAUAUUUCUUGGACAACAGUUUGUCUCAGUGUGGGAUCCUCAAAUCUGGAGUCCUUCCAAAGGGGAGGAAUCUCAUUCACUCUCGCUCUCUCCCUGUAGUGAUGACAUUGGCGAGUGUGUUGUGUGCGUAAGUGGCAUGGAAAGCUUUCUGUAUCGGUGUCUCUCUCUGUCCCUGAUGAGGACUGUUUUUCCUGUAUCAGCUUGCCAUUCCUGGACAACAAGUCAGCAUUAAGCUAACUCUAAACUUUGAGGCAGAACUCUUCACUCAGCAAGCUUGCUAAACUAAAUUCAUUGGUUUAUUUUUGCCUAGUGGCAGUGUUGUUGUCUGUACACAUUGAGGGAUUACUAAAACUGGAUCAUGCCUGCGUCUCACCUGUUUGUGAAUGCAUUUUUUAUUGCUAUUCUGCUCCUGAGUGGCAUUUCUUACAGUCAGAAUCCCAACACUGCAAAUACAGACAUGCAGACGAACAAUCGGACGGUUGCGCCAUCUGGCGCCCCGGAGGUCACUCUAGCAACCCCAGGGUCAGACGCAGACGACCAUAUUCCAGCGGCUGGGAGUCGUUGUAGGGGUUACUUUGAUGUGAUGGGCCAAUGGGAUCCGCCGUUUAAUUGUAACGCAGGAAUUUAUCUGUUCUGCUGUGGUUCUUGUUACUAUCGGUUCUGUUGUCAGUUCAAUGUUCACAGCCUGGACCAAACAUCUUGUUCCAACUAUGACACACCAGUAUGGGCCAAUACGGGUAAGCCGGCGGCUCCGGUAACGGAUGUACAGGAGGAACCGGACCGGGAUCGUACUCACAUGAUUGUGUAUAUAAUCUGUGGAGUGGUGGCCAUCAUGGUUCUGGUCGGGAUCUUUACCAAACUGGGCCUGGAAAAGAGUCAAGGAAGACAGACAGACAUGACCAACUCUAGGGCCCUGACAGAACUGUUGAAACAGCCAGGUGAGGUAGGAGGCGUGGACAGAGGAGGAGGUCACCAACCUAUCAGAUCCAACGGUAUCUCUGGAAGAUCAAUGCGCACCAAUAACGAGCAUAACCACUUGAAUAAUGCCACACUUCCUCCUUUGACUCCCACAAUGGGCCUGUCCCAGCCCCACAACAACCUGGGCUUCAAUAAAUACACCUCUAUCAAGGCCAUGGAAACUACAGCUAGGAACUACUACCCCAAGAGCUACCCCAUGAUGGACUACACACAUCGUCAAUUCUCACCUGCAACAUUCCAACCCAUCACUUUCCACCACAAAGACAAAUAUUUCCUACCCCCUCCAGACGUCCAUACUCCUUUGGCCAUCAUCACAUCAGCCCAAGUCCCCAAGCACAAGAUCUCCAAGACCAACACUCACCCCCUCACAACCAGCUCAGCAUUUAAAGCCUGGGAUCCCAGUAAGAGCCACAUCCAACACCAGGUCCCUCUUAUGGCCCAGCAACAGCUACCAAUGUCCCAACCUAACAGUCGGCACCAGGCCUUCUCCACCAAGCGGCAGUUUAGCAUUGAGACACUUCCGGAAUUGUUCUCCCAGCCCCUAGGGUAUGGACAGUCUCCGCACAUCCACCCCAAACACAAAGGACUGCCCACGAACAGCAAGACUGAAGUCACAGUGUGAGGGGGGGUGGGGGUCAGGAGUGGCCUGGAAAGAUGGACAAAAAGAGAUCUUGAAGAAAGAGAACACAGAUUAGCAUGACUGUGAUUAGACUGGAUGUGAAAUCGUCAGAACAUAUGCUUCAGUGAUAUUUAUUAUUAUAUUUCCUCAUAAUUGUUUUUGACUAGAUUUAUUUAUUCACCAUACUAUAAUACCAAGAGCAGAGGAGGAAAAUGAUGCAUGGUCUUGGCUUGGAUUCUGGAUGGACCUUGAUUCCCUAGUCAACCUAUUUUCCUUGAACAAUCUGGCCUGUUUUUCUUGGAACCUUUGCGGUCCGAUGUCUCCUGUUGCCCAGACCCAUGUGUCUGAUAGCAAAGGUAGGAGUCCUGCACCUCUGGAUCUUUCACACCCUCCUAGACAAGGCUAUUGUGCUGUCAGCUUCCAUCAGCAACUGUCACAUGGUGAGAUAUUAUUCAGACAAUUCCAGAACACAUAGGACAGAUAACAGGGAUAAAGCAUAAGGAAGAGGACAGUGGAGAAACCAAGGUGUCCUGAGAGACAGAAGGAGAGAGAAACAGAGAUUUAAAUUUUGGGAGGACCAAGGGUUUGAUAUUUUAGUAAACGGAUUAAAGUCCCUUGACCUCUUUACUUCAACACCUUGAGGUCGAAGAAUGUCUCCCGGUGCACAUCCAGAGAGAAGACAACAUCGCUCCAGUCAUAGUUAUUUUGGCUGUUUCUAUUCCAAACCUUGUUCGAGACACACCACAGGUACAGACAAGGUCAAUGAGCAUAUAUCCUCUACUGAUAGACCUCAAGAGGAAUAUUGCCAGAAACUAAAGUCGCCUGCAGAGAUAAAGUGCCAUAGUGACACAGGAGAACACAUCUAGGUGAAAUGGUCUGCCAAUGUUAUUAUUAGCACUGCCAAAACAACUUUGCUAAUUUUUCCCAUGUGUAUCCUUUGCAUUACCAGUGAAACGACUGGCUCCCUUUGAAUUCUCUGAAUGUACUGUAAAUAGUUAUCUUUUUGGUGACUGCAAGUUUUGGUCCUAUUAAACCAGUGCUGGUAUGGCCAAGUCUAGCAUGCAGUAGCAAUACCUAAGUAAAUCCUAUUGUAGCAUACUAAUAAUGCACAUGGGACAGUGCUAAAAUCUGGGCAUCAGUUUUAGAGUAUAAGCCAUGAAGCCUCAGAGCACUAGACCUGAGAAUUAAAUGUCUUGGGGGUUGCCCCAGGGAAUAUUAGGCCUAUCGGUCCUCUCCAGCCUGGAGCCAAAUGACUGAUCCACAGACCUGCCAAACUCACUCCCUCUUUGCCGCACCAAGCUGUUCCCAACCAGGCACCUGGUCACCACAAUGCCACAAAACAAGGGGCACUAUAACUGAUGACCGCACAUGUCUAAUACAGCCACUCUAAUAUCCCAUGUUGCCUCUAGACUAAGUAUCUUGCUUUCUUGCUUUCCAAUCUUGUCCUUCAUUCCACAAUGGAUCCAAAAGAAGAUGUAGAUGGUUUUCAGAUCCAAAUGUUUUUUGCUCAAAAACAUGGAGGUGAGACCACAAAAUGUGGCAAAAUUAGACUUUCAUGAAAACGGCACCAUUUACCAACUUAAAGGAGGCCUGAGUAUAUUGUCUGAUGGUAACCUCUCUCGACUUUGAAUCAUAAUAAACAACCUGUUUCUCCAGCAAACAGUUGUGCAUCCAAACGGUAGCGAGUUCCCUUUGUUUGAACAGCCAAGUGAGCAACAGAAUAGAUUUUACAGGCUAUUGACAUCUAAUGCAUGAGCCUUCUAAUGACUUUUAUAGUGUGAAAUGUUCAUGGAUAGAGUUUAAUAGAACAACGAGUCAAACAAGACAAAGAUGCUUCGCUCUGUCUCUGUGGCAGAUGCUUCCAGGGUGGCAUUGGGUUUCUGUGGCCAAACCCUGAAGGACAGACACAGUCGUCAGCUCUCCUGGCACAGAGAUGCCAAGCAAUGCCAAGGUGAUCCUUGGCCUGAACUGGAGUCAUAUUGUAUGCUAUAAGAUCAAGAAGACUGGAGAAAACCAGAGUGUCAAAGCACUCUUACGGAUGGUCAUGACAUGGUCUCUGACUGAAUCAAGUGAGGAAUAAGUUCCAGGAAUAAACCUUGUCUGAAUCUUAUUUCUGACUUUAGCUCAAUGUAACAUUGGAUUGGUCAAUUAACCAUUUACAUCUGUGGAGGUUGUGGAUGACCUAUAAUGGAAAUCACUCAACUAGGUUGAGUACAUGCACAUCUGCUACACAAGAAAUACAAGGUGUAAAUAUCAGUUGUUUGCUUCCAAAUACAGUUUCGGAAAAGUGUGAAGACGUUAUCCAGUGGUUCUUUAAAACCACCCAAUAAGCUUAAUGACUGUUGUUUCCGAUUUCUUCUUAAAAUUAAAGUGUUCUACCUGCGAUGUGAAUGCCACUGGGUAGCAUUUUAUCUUUAGCAAUACAUGAUGUACUUUUUACUGUUUAUGUACUAUUUGCCAUGUUGUGUUUUUUUGUACCGUGAGAAUAAUUGGAAACAGCGUCAAGCCUGCCCCAGUUGACAACCAUUUCACAAAGAUGAAGUGCUUCUGAAUUUAAACACACUUCUAACACCUUCCUUAACUUAAAGGCAUAGUUCACCCAAAAAUUAAAAUUCUAUCAUUCACUCUUGUACUAUAUUGUUUCAAACCUGUAUGAUUUUUUUUCCUUACAUGGACAUUAGGCAGAAUGUUAUGCUCAGUCACCAUUCCUUUUUUCAGUGCGUCUAUUUGCACUCAAAUAGUCUGGUGGAAACACAGAAAUAUACAAUAAACUGCACCAUCAGUGUUGUGCAGUGGUAUGGGCUAUAAUGGCAGUGUAAAUGUGUUUUUGUUACCCGGGUUUGAUUCCGCCAUUUGUCCCUUUUUCCCCCAUCCUGUCUCCACUCUUCAUAUAUCCUUUACUAUCAUUUAUAUUAAUAAAUAAAAAUCAAUAUUAAGGAUGAUUUCCUCUGUCGAUCGCACAGUCGUUUCCUUCCUCAUCUGGGCCAGAUGUGGGAUGUCUUUCUUCCGCAGCUAAUCAUCAGUCAUUUUUAGAUUGUAUUACUCAUUUUGCGAAAAUCUCGGCUAAUCUGUUCGAAAAUUAACCAUGGUCUUACUAUAGUAGUAACCAUAUAUUUUGGUGGAAAACAUAGUUUUGAUGCAUUUAACCAUGGAGUUACUACAGUAAUAUAGUGUUAACCCUAUAACGCUACCUGUAUCAAAUUUGAUACGCUAUUUUCUGAAGCCUGUGCAUCAUUAACAUAACAAUUUUGCUGAAAAUCCUGUUGUCUGCAAUGUCCUAGAUGUUUGCGGCUACGUGGUGGAUGUUUCCAGACAUUUCUUGAUGGAAAAAUAUUUUAAAAUAUUUUCCAAAAAUGUCAGCUUUUGUAUUGCAUGCACUAGUUUUUUUUUAAUGUGAAAUCUUUGCUGAUUAAUGAUUAAAUUGUUACUGAUAUUUAAAAAUGAGUAUUUGCUGAAUAUAAGCACCUUGUGCUCGGUUAAAAUUUUGUAUAUUAUUUUAUUGAAAAAGCCAGUUGAAAUCCAUGCAUCAGGGGUAGGUUUAAGGGUAAAGGUUGGUGUAGGAUGCCUCUAUUCUGUAUGUUAGCUUUGAAAUAGGGGUGCAAAUAGCAUCUGCCACUAUAUUAAUCACAUCUUUUUUUUUUCAAUACUAUGAAAGUAAAUAAUGACUAAGCCUAAACAUUCUGUCUAACAUAUCCUUCUGUGUUUCAUGGAAGAAAGUCAUCCAGGUUUGAAAUAAUAUGCAGUUGUAAUGGAUUAAAUUACAACAUUUUUGGGUAAACUGUUCCUUAGUUUAAAGGAUGACUUGCCAUAGUUGAAUCUUGCGCUAUAUGUAUAGUCCAUAUGCUUUAUUUAAUAAUUUUUAAAAGAUGUAAUAUAACCAAUGCUUGAAUGACAUCUUAUUUAGCACUCCAGAGACAUGUAAUAUAUAUAUAUAUUGGAGAAUCACAUUGUUUCCAUUUGUUUGGUGGUACGUUUGAACACUCUUUUCUUGUGCACUGUUCUAAACUAUACAUUUUGUCUUUGUAUAAUUUGGUUGAAUAAUAAUUAGAAUCUACUAAGGGCUUUUAAAAGAGGUACAAUAUGUGCUCUUAACAAGAGUUUCCCCUUAAGUACUGAUGUAGUACCAACAGUUUUCAAUUGAAUUUUCAAGGCAUCCUUUAACUCGGGUAGUGCAUUAUCACCUUACAUGACCGCUCCACGAAAGAUAACACAAGAGACAUUUUGUCCAACACAGCAAAAAAAGCUGCUCCCUCCUUGAGUAAACAGGGACAUUUCUUGUUUGGACCCUGAACGUAUAUGCAAAAAAACUUUUUAAGGAGAGAGCAUGUGAGAGCUUAUCACAGCAGUGAUAAAGACAUUUGGAAUCAGUGAUCUUGCUCUCUGAUUGAACUUACCAGCAUUAAAAGGAAAUCCAAAGCCAGCUACAGAAUUGCAGGUUGAUCCUAAUUAAAAGUUACCCUCUCCCAAGGUUACAUCAUUGAUUAAGAGAACGACAGGAAGACUAAUUAGGCUCAAUUGUUAACUUAAAGAACCAGUAUUUUUUUUUUUUUUGUUUUUUACACAAUACUGGCAUUGAGAAAUAUCUCCUAUCUCAGUUGUUGUGUUUCAUUUUCAUGUUUACUGGUUAUAUACUCCUGUCUUCUCAUACAUCAGGGUUAAAAAAUGUAUGGACAGGGUUGGGAGGGUUACUUUUGAAAUGUAUUCCACUACAGAUUACAGAUUACAUGCUGUAAAAUGUAAUUUGUAAUGUAUUUCGUUAGAUUACUCAAGGUCAGUAACAUAUUCUAAAUACUUUUGAUUACUUCUUCAGCACUGGUGGAUUUUUUCAGUUGUUUUGACUAUAAAUGUUUAUACACGUUAAAAAUACAUUCACUGAAAAACCUAAAUAUCUUAUGCAGUGUUGUUUCUAAAACAAGAUCAAUCAAAUUGAUCAUGUUUAAAGGAUCUUUUGAUAUUUUUACAGGAAAACAAUACAAAAAUUAUUAUCAAGAAUACGAUUUUUGCCCUAAUAUCAAAGGUCUUACUAGAAAAACAUUUAACAUGAUCCAAUGUGAAUUUUGGAUCAUAUUUUUGAUAAAGAAAUAUGAUCGUGCCUGGUAACAUGUGCAUGUAAAAUGGCUAGAAAUAGCAUUUUAGCUUAGCGUAAAGCUGACAAUUUACACACGGUUCAUUUCUAUCUCUUCUGCUCCAAACGUACUUCUCUGUCUGCUCGUAUGAAUGUAACACAUCAUAAGAAAGUGUUUCACAGCUGUUCAAAUGCACCUUGAAUCGCAUCAUUUAUAUGUAUAAAUGUUUUCCAUCUGAAAGGACUAAAUAUUAAAUGAAACAAAUGACAAUAAAAUGCAAAGUAAUCUCUUCAGUAAUCAAAAUACUUUUUGAAUGUAACUGUAUUCUAAUUACCAAUUAUUUAAAUUGUAACUGUAGUGGAAUACAGUUACUUAUAUUUAGCAUUUUAAAUACAUAUUCCCGUUACUUGUAUUCCAUUACUCCCCAACUCGGUUUAUGGAUAUGUUGUGAAUAUAAAGCAGCAUUAGUACACACCAUCACACCAACACACACACAUGUGUGUGUACACAAACUACAUAUGAAGAUUUGACAUUGUAAAGUUAUUUUUGUUUGUGUGCAACUUUCCCAAAGAUCUUCUAGGUGGCAACACAUUUUAAAUAAAUUUGUCCACUAUGAAAGUGAAAAUGCUAUGCGUUGCAAUACAACCACAGAAAAUUAGAACAUACUUGUUGCUUAUACAUCUAUGUGGAGUGGGAUUUUGGACCAAUUAUAUUUCACACUGGACAGGGCUACCCAGUGCAACAGUACAGAAGAAACCAGGCAACCAACAAAUUGUGCAUUUGUUCAUUGCCAGGCAUGAUGAGUGAUAAAAUCAAUUUCUUCAAUGUAAAUUUGAGCUUUUGUCUUAACUAGCCACAACCUUGAAAAGCAACGAGCAUCACAACAUUUUGAUGAUUGCUUGGUUUCUAUUUCACGCUGGGUGGCCCCGCCCGCAACUCUCAAAAUCCCGCUCCACACAACUGUAUAUUAUACAUCAAAUAUGUUCUGAUUGGCUGCAGUUAUAUCACGUAGCAUCUUAGGUUUCAGUGUGCACAGAUACAUUACUUGUCACCAAAAAUGUAACCCUGUAAAUUGAUUAUGAUGUUACUUCACUGAGAACAUAGCUAUCUCUUCUAACUCUUUAUAUGUCGCCUUUCAUCUUCACACAAACUUUCAGUCUGGUUCUGGAAGUAAAAAUCUCAUUCUUUGUUCCCACAAGGGAAUUGAUUUUGACUAUAACUUAUAAACAUUUAAACACAGACCUACUGUAAGGUCCAAAGUUGUUAUUCAAGUAUAUAUGCUUCUGUUAAAGCAUCAGUCCACGUUAUUCGAACUACAUUUAAAAAAAAUAAAAUAAAAAAAUAAUCACAUUUUAAAAUCAGACCUAUAAACUAAGAAAGAUCCACAAAUCAGAAUAUUGUGGCAAACAAAGCACAUCAAAAGAGCUCUGCAGUGACCGCCCACUUUCAUGAUGCACAGCAAUUGACACAAUCGAGCAGGUUUCCAGUGCAUUUGUUCCGUAGAAAUCCUCUAUUUACUGUGCAUUAUCACACUGAGAGUCCUGAGCAGGGCUGGACUGGUAAUCUGGCAUACUGGGCAUUUUCCCGGUGGGCCGACACACUUUGGGCCAAUCAGGGGCAUGCUGGCCAUCGGGAGAGAGGGUGUGUCGGCCGCGUAGCGUGCCGUGAACACCCCCCCUCUCAACAAGUUUAGGGCCAGUUGCCAUGUAAAAUCCCGGGUCGAUUUCUCUUCCCAGUCCAGCCCUGGUUCUGAGACAAGUGCAGACAGACAGCACACUGGAGGUUAAGUCAUUCACUAAAUAGUGAGCAAGGGAGCAUCCUAUAGCUUUCCUAUGCAGCUAAGUCCAUUCACGCCUAAAAUCUGACCAAAAGUUCAGUUUCCGGUUGCAGAUGAUUCUUGGACCACUUAACAUGUUUGACAGACAUGGGAUAAUGGAAAUCAGUUCAUAGAUUCAGAAUAUAUAAUGUAUAAUCUUAUUUUAACAUGGCUGGCAGUGAUUGGAUGAUGCUGGCCUUUACUUUGAAUCAGAGUUACUUAUGCUAAUUUCUGAAGUAAUGCCAACAACGUCUCAAAAACAGGAAUAACCAACAAUCCUGGAAAUAUAACAAAAUUUGUUUUAAAAAAAUCCUACUUUCGAUAGAUUGGAAUUAUUUCACAUUUCUCAACUUAGUCCUACUGUUCACAUAUGUGUACAUCAACUUUUACGAAAGCUAUACUAUACUUAAUCGACCAGUUUUAAUCAUUGGUUUUAUAUUUUUAUAUAAAAUAUAGUUUUAUAUCAUUCGAUUAUGUCAUUCGCAAUAAUUCAUGUGAUUGUAGUUCAUGCCAAUGAGAAAAAGAGUCGCACAAUCCUGUACCUUUGUCUUUUCCUCCAAUUUUCAAACACCUUUUGGCUUCAAAUCAAAAUUUGCAAUGUUGUGAUUCACUUCUGAGCUGGUUGGUUUGGUUUAUCACUUACAACUCUUUUAUAAACUAUUCUGUUUUUUAAAUCACUAUGGGGAAAAAAUGCAUGGGAAAAAUACUUCUUGAACCAAGAUGGCUGAAAAAAUGGGCAGCCACUGUUGCUCUUCAAACCCCAACUAUUGCAGCACUGCAGCGUAGAUAGCUUUGUUGAUAAACAAGAGCGAUCUAGUUUUUGACGCACCACUCACUUGCAGUGUAGACAUGACGUUACAGUUGAUCGUAUUCUCCCUCUCUCUCUCUCGUUUUUCUUUUCUCUCUCUGUCACUGUCUUGUUUCUGUUUGUUCCUCCAUCUAUCUAUCUCUCUACUCUCCGUGCGCACAGUGGGCGGUGCAAGUCUUGGCUGUCAGAGAUAUCCAAGUUAAUAUGGGUCUCAAGGGGCUGGAGAGAGAGAGAGAGAGAGAGAGACUGAUGAUAGAGUACAUGAUGAUGAAGAGCUGUGGGUGGAGGGAGGGAGAAGGAUCCUCUCCUCUCGUUUCCAAGUAUUUUGCUUGUCUAAUGCACCAUUUCCAUAUCUGCCAUGCUUCUUUUUUUUCUUUAAGUCUGGUUGCACUUUGAGCAGCUGCUGAAUAAUUCAGAGAAGUAAAAUUUACAGUACGGUGAAAGAGAAAGACAGAGUGCUGCAGAGAGCUCAUGAAAGACUGUCGAGAUUCAAAAGCAGAAAAGACCUGUUCAACUCCUGCAAGUGUUUGGGAAUAACCACAAUGUACAAAGGUUUUUAAAAGUCAUUUGUUGACAGUUAAAAGAAUUGUAUGUAUGGGAAGCUUAGGCUUGACUUUAAUGGGAUAGUUCCCCCAGUGAAAAUUCUGUCCUCAUUUACUCACCCUUAUGUUGGUUCAAAGCCAUAUGACUUGCUUUCUUCCAUGGAACUAAAAAAGGCAUCAUUUUCAUCAUUCAUCUUUCCAUACAAUGAAAGUGAAUGGUGACUGAGGCAUUUUGUCUAAUAUCUUUGGUUGUGUACUGUACCACGGGAAAAACAAAUUCAUACAGGUUUGGAACAACACAAGGGUGAGUAAAUGAUGACAGAUUUAGUGAACUAUCCUUUAAAAGACUUUAAAAUACCAGUAAGAAAAGCUUCAAAUCUCAUGGUUCAAUAAAACAAGGAGUUCUAUAAUGCUUUUUCUGUUAGCAUGAGAGAAACCUUAUUCAAUAGAUUAUAAUUCUUGUGAAAUACAAUUUUUACUAUAAGCAAUGAAAUCACUGAACACAUAAUAGUGCAUAUUUUGCUAUUAAUAAAAACAAGGACAGCGAUGUCAUUAAAGAUGCUGAUGAUGGCAACAGUAGCCAUGCCGACACAAUAGCAAAGAUAAUGCCAAUUGAAUCUACAACACUGAUCGCAAUUUGUAAGGGACAUGCAGACGUGGUCAAACUGAUUUAAAAGCUUUUUAAGCAUCUCUUUCUAACAGAAACAUUGUUAAGUGUUCUUUGUUUAAACUUGUUUAAAAAAUAAAAGGCAU